UUUUUUGUGUAAUCCGGAUGACGGUUUUCAUCCGGGUCGAAGCUUUAAAGGGUUCAUUUGGUGAUGUACGAAAACAGAACCUUCUUUUAGUGUCAUUUAUAUUUCUAACAAUCAAUAUUCAUUUGUAAGUUUACUAUGGUUUUGCUUUAAAAGGGUUAUCAUUUGGUUAUGUACGAAAAAAUCCUUUCUUUUGGUGUCAUUAUAAUUCUAAAAAUCAAUAUUUAAAUGAUUCGAAUCCACCUUUCCUUUAUUUCACUUUUCAACCUAACUAACAAUCAAUUAGUUUGCCUUUUCACUUAUUUUACAUGUAGGGUUUUUUGCAGUCUGUAUAGUUUUCGUCUAUUCGUAUGUUGUUAAUCUUUUACUCCCUUUAGAUUACGAUGGGUCUUAACAUUCUUAAGUUCUUCUCGGUUCUCUCAAUUUUUCUCUUCGUUGCUUCAGCAUAUCAUCUGGCUGAACGUGCUGUUGUUACUUGUGAUCACUGUGCACCAGUAAGUGGCAUUGGUGAUUGUAGUUCAAAUUCUUUCACAAGUAUCAGUCAAUGGGAUUGCAGCGGAUCUACUAAUGCGAUUUGCACUAGUUUAUGUACUGGUUGUACUCUAACGUGCACGUCUGCUACUUCAAUUGCCUGGACUUGUAACUGCACAUAAUUUUUCAAUUAUAUCAUAUUCUGUAUUCCUCUUAUUUUUUCAAUUACUUUUUUCAAUUACUUUGAAAUGUAACAUAUAAUCAAAGAAAUAUUUCAAUGUUUAUGAAACAACAAUAAAAAACACAUAGUAAAUCUAUAAUAUCAUAGUCGAGAUACUUGAAAUUUUUGCAGUGACCAAUUUUUCAGUAUUGCUUUUCUCGUGGUCAAUUCAGAAACUAACAAAUAUGAAGAAAUCACUACGGAAAUUUCAAAGCCCGUUAUAUAAACAUUGCAUUAUAUCGAUAAUCCAUGUAAGAUGUGCCCUAUAUGUCC